AUGGAGCCCAGGGUGAUGUGCGUCUUGGUGUUGGCGUGUGUGCUGACCCUCAGCUCCCUGGCCCAGGGCGAGCUCGAGACGUGUGUGGUGGCCCCCCACCACAGAACCAACUGUGGCAUUCCGGGUAUCACGCCUUCCCAGUGUAGAGCCAAAGGCUGCUGUUUCGACAGCACUGUGCGUGGAGUCCCGUGGUGCUUCCACCCUGUGGCCGUGGACGACACUACUGAUGGGGCCGCGGGCGAGCGUGGGGAGGUGGUGCAGCCUGCAUCAGGCUGA